CGUGAACGUGCCCKCAAGACUCUUCAACACGCGACUCAGUAGAGGCGAAAAGACGACGUAGUGAUACGUAAAGAGACGUAAAGAGACGUAAAGAGACGUAAAGACGACGCAAGAAGGUCUCUAUUGAAACAUGGAAACGGUGAAAUUGAACACAACAUCGUCCCCACAAGACUAUUAUGAUGAAGAGCAUGAAGGCGUCUAUGGAUUCAGCGUUGAGUUCGACACCCCUGCGGUAAUCCUCGCAGUUCUCAGCGUAAUUCUCAACAGUGUUGUUCUACUUCUGGUCAUACGACGCAAGCAUCUUCGCACACAAGCGAACUAUCUUCUCUGCAGUCUUGCAGUAUCAGACCUUUUGACUGGACUUGUGGGUGUCCCUUUGUACUUGGCAUGUACUAUCAGAAGAGAAAUUACUCCUUGUAUUCUUUCAGAGAACUUUCUUCGCUUGACUUCGAUUUCCACAAUUCUGCACCUAGUGGCUGUUAGUGUCGACCGUUUUGUGGCAGCGAAAUUUCCUCUAGAUUAUAGCUCUAUUGUCACGCCACUUCGCAGUCAUGCAGUCAAGGUUGUUAUUUGGCUUUCAGCGAUCUGUGUGGCGUUUGUGCAGAGAGUUUGGUUGAACCCAUCGACUAUGCAUCUUGAUGAGGACGAAACUUACAUAAAGUUUGAAAUACCCUACGAUAUUGCAAACCUCGUUUUGUUUUUUGCAAUUCCUUUGAUAAUAAUGUUCACGCUGUAUUCAGUUCUUUUCUAUGACUACAUUGUGUUCAUCGGAAGACAUCAAAGCCAACAUGAAACCCAGUCAAGCCAGGAAAGAAAARCUGUUCUCGUAUUCGUCGCCAUGUUCGUGGUUUACUGCGCUUGUUGGCUACCAUACUUUCUCGUACGCUUGCAACACAACAUUGGAAACAGUUUCUUUGAACUUCCACACAUUUUGGAGUACGUGUUCGUCUAUCUUCGAUUCGUCAACGCUGUACUGAAUCCGUGUAUUUAUGUCUUUGGCAAAAGUGAUUUCAGGAAUUCGCUUAAAGAAAUGAUUUACAAAAGAAAAUAUUCAAGGACAAAUGCAAGCAGCGAGGUCUUUGAUGUUGAACUUACUUGUGUUCAAAAUAUCGCAGAUUAAUUUGAGAAUAUAUUCAAGAUGAAAGUAAAGGAAGAAUAUAGCAUGCGAUGUUAAAGUAGCUUGUCAAUUUGGUGAUGAAAGAAACACUUCUGCGACUGGUCUUUGAAGCUACAAAAGUCCCUACUGUUCGAAUUAUCGUCCAUAAGUCUACUCAUAUUGAGGAAGGCAUCACUCGAUCGUGUAUACAAUUAUUUCACAAAACUUUGCAUACUGUAUACUGCAUGGUGAAUAGACGUAAUCGGCUUCAACCCAAYUSAAACCACCCGGGAGUAAGUUUCAUUGUUCGUUGUAUUUUCUUUUCGUAGUUGGAUUCUUAGAAACAAAAGUUCUUUUUCCCACAGGAUUUGAAUUGGGUGGCAACGUACAUAGCAACGCCGUUAGCCGAUUAGGUCUAUUCCAAGACCGCAAUGCAUCCUUGCAAUUAAAGUCAACGYUAUCGCGUUUCAAAAUGAAAAGUUCUAGACUUUACGGAGAUGGUAUAGUUACUCUGAAAACUCCUUUUGAACGCCUCUAGAACGUUCAACAAUGCAUUUCGGUCUUUGAAUACACUAUCUUCAGUAUUCAACGUUUUAUGGUCAGUAGAUAUUCGGAAAAAUGACUUGUCAAUAUAUGGACGAACGGCAGAACUUCUGAAGAUCGAGCCGAACGGAUGGGUGAAUAGAUGCCAGGAAUUAGUGAACGAAUGGAAGACGAAUAACGUACGACCGCGAUCGAAUGUGGGAACGAUCACCAAAUAAGAAAAAAACGAGUGGAAGAGUGAAAGCGCCGAACGAAUGAGUAGCGGUCCGAAUAGGAGACGAAUACCAUGUCGAGUGGACGAACGAUAGUCGAAAGGGUUCGGGUAAAAGAACGUAAAUACCGAGUGAAUAAGGAACAAGUAGACCGAAGAGAAGACGGCAAUAACCAUCUAAUAUGUAAACGAGAUCUACUCUGAGUCCUGACCGUAUGACAGAUUAUAUAUACAAAAAAAAAUAUGCAUGAAAUUUCCCUAGUUUGUAAAUAAUUAUAACAUUAUUUUUGUUGAUAAAUAACUGCAUAGCAUGACACGAAGAGACCUAGCUAGAUUUUUCUAUUAAAAUUAARAAAAAACAUUGAA